AUGGUGGCCAAAGAAAAGCAACCUUGGGAGUAUCAUCGCCAAAAGUCCCUGUCAGCGCAGUCAUGGUUCUUCCCGUUACCCAUCCAGCAUCAGAUUCGAUUCUUGCCAACGAAAUCGCAGAUUAAGAGCGUCGAAUCGCUUAUACCGUAUCCCGUGGCGCUCGUUUGGGCGAUAGUCUCGACGCUCCUCCUCCUCUGCUCGGUCUCAAUCAUAGCCGUUCAGCUUCCCCAACGAUGCGCCUCGUGCGACUGCGACUUGGCGCUAAGAACCACCGACGGAAGCAGCGGAGGCGGCGCGGCCGCAGCUCAGUCGUGCUCUGAUUGGACAUCAACCAGCAGAGCCACUCCGGUAGUGCAAAAUGACGCAGAUAGCAGCUCGUCGCCGCAAGACAGUCCCGAGGAUGCGUGGGCGUUCACGAAGUGGACACCGCGCGUUUCCCCGUGUCUUGUAGCGGGGCUGCCUAUUGAGGAGCUAGACGCGCACCUGAACUUCCGCCGCGGGUGGACCCUGGGCUUCGUGGACGACGUGGAGGACAAGACGCAGAUCUUACCGUUCCUAAGAGCCAACAUGGAUCCCACCUUGCACACCAGGAGGCGGAGGGUGUUUGUAGACCUGGGAGCCAAUAAGUUUGAGACAAGUGUCGCCUGGUUCAUUCGAAUGUACCCCCUCGAUUUCACCGAGAUUCAUGCGGUGGAAGUGGAGACUGAUCUGUUUCAGAAGCCAUCUACACCGCCGCUUGAGGUACUGGCCUAUGAGAUCAACUCGCAAUCGCGCCUGCGUCCGUUUCGCAGGGGCCCUGCAGGCUUCCCUACAUGGCUGAUGGACCGCGUCCACCCCCACGACUUCUUCAUCUCUUCCCAGGACAACCAAGACAACCCAGAAGAGACCAUGGUCAACGUGACGCGGUGGCUGCUGGAUGAUCUAAAGUUGACGGAAGAGGACACGGUGAUCAUAAAGAUGGACAUAGAGGGGGCGGAGUGGGCGGUGCUGCACGAGUGGCUGGACAUCCCGCGCAUGCCCGCCAUCGUGGACGAGCUGUUUGUGGAGGUGCACUACCACCACCCCUCCGUGGAGGGUUUCACGUGGACGGAUAGGUUCAACCACACGCGUGACGACACCACACAACUGCUCACUGACCUGAGGAGAGCCGGGUUCUACGUUCACCCGUGGCCGUAG